AAAAAAGGGAAAAGUAACUCUGCAAAGGAGAAAACUCACGGUGGUUAAAGCACGUUCGGAAGGAGGAGGGGGACGCAGUUUUGUUAUUUAUCGGAACCUCUAGAUUCUGGGAGCACAGACGGCACCUGAUGAGCUGCCGGUGGAGUUUCUUUGGAUGGUCCUUGUUUCAAAGUUGGAUUUAUGCGGCUCAGAUUUGAAGCAGUGAUGUCUGGAAAGCUUUCAGCUUGAGAUUUUUUCCCCUCCAUCGUUCCGAAUUUAUUUUCUAAAUAUUUUUGGGUUAUUUUAUCGCUUCAGAAGUUAGAAGUUUACGUUAAAGGCAAUUUUUGAGACUUGGAGCAGCUGCAGGGUGUCCUUUUAACAUUUGGCUCCUGCGUGAUUUCAAAGGUAGUAGAAAAAAGGCAAAUUAUUUGCUCUUUUCCUGAAACGUUUUUAGUACUUUAUUUAAUUCUAAUGUUUUCGAGUUUGUGACUCUUUUUUGUUUCUGAAUUUCCUUGAAUUUUACUUCUCCGUCGGACUCCGGGCGGCGGGGAGGGGGGAGAAAGUUGGGACUUGUUUCAGAGAUGAAUUCGGCUGAAACGGACACAAAGUUGUUUCUACGAGCCUCCGGGACACAACAGGACAGUUAAUGAGCUAUAAGGGCUCCCUUCACCUCCUAAAGCGAGCCUGAUAAUAACUUUGCCAGCCUGUGGGCACCGGGAGAGCUCCGCGGCCGCGCUGCUCUACUGGAUACAAAAUGGCGGCGUCCCUGGGACGGUAUGGAUGCGGUUCUCGCUUUGUUUUUUAUUUAAUUUUGUCGCUGGAGCUGCUCAACACAUUCGGACUGUGUUCGGACGCACCUUGCCCGCUUAACUGUACCUGCAGCGGGGAUUCGGUGGACUGUAGUGGCCGGGAACUGACCGUCCCGCCUCUGGACCUUCCAGUUCGGACCGUUUCCUUAAAUCUGGGAAACAAUAAGCUGGCCUCCCUCAGCACGGAAGCCUUUGCCAAUCUUCCUAACCUGCGUGAACUGCACUUGGAUCACAAUGAGCUCACGUCCAUACCAGAUUUAGGACAGGCUGCUUCCAAAAUAACAUCCCUCUACCUGCAUCAUAAUAAGAUCCGCAAUAUAGAUGGCAGACGAACCAUAGAGCUGGUUUCUGUGGAAAAGCUGGACCUGAGCAAUAAUGACAUCACUGAUCUGCGAGAGGACGGCUUUCCCGCCGGACUUCGCAUCAGAGACCUAUACCUCAGCAACAACAAGAUCAGCACACUGGAAGUUGGAGCGCUGGACCGUCUGGGCUCAACUCUGCAGGUUUUGCGCCUGAGCCGAAACCGAAUAAGCCAGAUCCCGAUCCGAGCCUUCCAGCUUCCAAGGCUCAUCCAGCUAGAGCUGAACAGGAACCGUAUCCUUCAGAUCGAGGGCCUAACCUUCCAGGGACUGUCCAGCUUGGAGGUGCUGAAGUUGCAAAGAAACAGCAUCAGUAAACUGACUGAUGGAGCCUUCUGGAAUCUGUCCAAGAUGAAAGUCCUCCACCUGGAGUACAACAACCUGACUGAGGUGAACAGCGGCUCCUUGUAUGGCCUCAGCUCCCUCACACAGCUCUUCCUCAGCAAUAACUCCAUAGCCCGCAUCAACCCUGAUGGCUGGAAGUUCUGCCAGAGGCUGAGGGAACUGAAUCUGUCCUACAACAACCUGACCCGUCUGGACGAGGGGAGUCUGGCUGUGCUGGGGGAGCUGCACUCGCUGCGGCUGGGCCACAACGCCAUCAGCCACAUUGACGAGGGAGCCUUCAGGGGCCUGAAGGCCCUAAGAGUCCUGGAGCUGGACCAUAACGACAUCUCUGGCACAAUAGAGGACACCAAUGGGGCCUUCGCUGGAUUGGACAAGCUCAAUAAGCUGACUCUGUUUGGAAACAAGAUCAAAUCUGUGGCCAAGAAAGCCUUCGCCGGCCUUGAGACCCUGGAACACCUGAACUUGGGAGAGAACGCGAUCCGUUCCAUCCAGCCCGAUGCUUUCAGCCAGAUCAGGAACCUGAAAAGCCUCCUCAUUCAGAGCAACAGUUUCCUCUGUGACUGCCAGCUCCAGUGGUUGCCCCUUUGGCUGCAGUUUCAUGGUCUGCAGACAGGUGUAAAUGCCACAUGUGCCCACCCAGUGAGCCUGCAGGGCACUAGCAUAUUUGAAGCUCCGCAAAAUGGCUUUGUGUGUGAUGACCUCCCCAAGCCUCAGAUCACAGUCCAGCCGGAGAACACGAUGACUGUACUGGGCAGCGAUGUGCGUCUCACCUGCAAGGCGGUGAGCAGCAGCUCCUCACCAGUGACUUUCGCCUGGCGCAAAGAUCAGGAACUGCUUUCCCACGCGGAGAUAGAGAACUUUGCACACCUGCACACCCGCCAUCAGGGCGCCACUCCCGACACGUCAGGGAUGGGCGGAGGCGUGAUGGAGUACACCACCAUCCUGCAUCUACGGCACGCCACCUUUGCCCAUGAGGGCCGUUACCAGUGCAUCAUCACCAACCACUUUGGCUCCACCUACUCCAACAAGGCUCAAGUUGUUGUCAACGUCCUGCCGUCCUUCCUGAAGACCCCCAGGGACAGCGCCAUCCGCACGGGGAACACCGCCAGGUUGGAGUGCGCCGCAGAGGGCCACCCGGCACCCCAGAUUGCCUGGCAGAAAGACGGCGGCACGGACUUCCCCGCCGCCCGGGAGCGCCGCAUGCACGUGAUGCCCGACGACGACGUGUUCUUCAUCAUGGGUGUGAAGCCCGAGGACAUGGGCGUCUACAGCUGCACAGCCAAAAACACGGCGGGCACCGUCUCGGCCAACGCCACCCUCACCGUGCUGGAAACGCCCCACCUGGCUCAGGACAUGAAGAACCCCAGCGUGGCGGCUGGCGACACGGUGGCGCUGCAGUGUAAAGCCCUUGGUAGCCCGCCGCCGCGUAUUACCUGGCUGCAUGACGACCGGCCGCUGCCCACCUCCGACCGGCACUUCUUCACCCCCGGCAACCAGCUGCUGGUCAUCAACUCCGCCUUGACGAAUGACUCCGGCCGCUACACCUGUGUAAUGUCCAACAGGCUGGGCACGGCACGCGCCCACAGCCAGCUGGUGGUGACCGAGCGCGGCUCGUGCUUGAGCACCAUUGGCAUCAUUGUCAUCGCCGUGGUUACAAGCAUUGUGGUGACAUCCUUGGUGUGGGUCUGCAUCAUUUAUCAGACGAGGAAGAAGAGCGAGGAGUGCAGCGUGACCAACACGGACGAGACGAUUGUCCCUCCAGAUGUCCCCAGCUAUCUGUCCUCUCAGGGCACUCUGUCCGAGCGGCAGGACGUGUGUAUCCGUGUGGAAGCUGGAAGCGGACCUCAGCCCAACGGGCACGUUUUAGACACCUCAGGGUUUGACGGAGCUGUGGUUUGUGCGAACUGCAUGGAGACCGGCAACAGCUACUCCACCGACACAGACUACCUGGCCCACGGAUUCGACCUCGCUCACGCCGGCGAGUACCAACAGGAGCAGCUAGCCCCGCCGCCGUACUCUCAGUGUAACCAGGCAAACGACGGGUCCCUCUGCAACGGCACACCCUGCAGUAUGCGAAAGGACCCGCAAGGAUCUGACUUUCCCAAAAAUCACAACACGAUAGAGCGAAGUCAGGAUGACAGAACAGCAAGCAGAAGGGGAGCGACGCCGGCGGGCUGCCCGUCGCAGGAUGACUCCUUCCAUGAGCCGGUGAAGCUGGCCGGCGGGACAAACUACGGACGCUUGGACACUGACUGUGAGCCUGAGCUCAGGCAGACUCUGCUGCCAAACGGACACGCCCUCAGAGCCUCUCAGAGUGGGAGCGCCCCUCUAAGGAGAUCGAGCGACUAGCGGGACACUGAAUCAAGCUUUGAAUUCUUUCUUUGCACUGGGAAAUAAACUGCUACCUCACAUGGAGGGGGACGAUCCAGAGCCUCCCGCGUCCGGACCGACACCCGGACGGGACAAAUAUACGUUCGUCGUUGAAAGGGAGAGUCGGGAGUUCAAAGAGGAAGCUUGUGUGGGUGGCGCCCCACCUGAGCGUAUCAGUUGUAUAUAGUUUAAAACCUUCCUCUGGGAGGAGACCAGUUUAAAGAAAGAACUUUAGUACCCAAAAAAAAAAGGAAAUAAAUGUGACUUGCAUUUGAAGCAUGCAAAUAUAGGGAAUCUUGUACAGUGUAAUUAUGUGCAGUAGGAAAAAAGAGAAAUAUAAGAGGGACUUUUGACUGUACAUAAGAGUUUUCUUUAAUAUUAUAUAAGUUUUACAAAAGAGUGUUGGAAUAUCCGUGCAUGGCAAAGAAAGAAGUGAUAUUUUUAUUGUUCUUAGG